AUGCCUGACAAUGACCUUUAUCAAUCAUCAGCUGCUGCCAGUGAGCGGGCCACGCGCGACACAGCACUCGCCAUCGCACCACCAUCGCCGCGGCUGCAGCACCUGUCGCCACCGCAGAGACCGUCGCCACAAGAGGUGGUCGGCUUCGAUCGGCCUGUAGUGGCCAUUGCAGCUGCUGCUUUCCAUUCAGCAGCCAUUGAUGGCGCCCCAUCCAAGGUGUAUUCGCCCCGUGUGCCAGAGGCGCUGGUAGGAGUGAGCAUUCGACACAUGGCCCUGGGGGGACAGCACACCCUCGCUGUCACCGCUGCUCUCAUGGGGAAAGGGCUCGCUCGGUCACGGCCCCCUGCCGCUCUUCUCCCGCCUCUCCAGAAAAUCAAGCGAGUCCAUGCCUCGGCUUGUGAAGGCGAUGGCAAACUCCAAGACAGCGGCCGCCUCUUCAUGUUUGGAGGCAACAGAUUCUCUCAGCUGGGGCUGGGGGAUGAGAAGGAUCGGGAGGAGCCUGUGGAGGUGACAUCACUGCAGCAUGCUGUAACCGAUGUGGCAUGUGGUGGUUACCACACCGCUGCUGUCACAGGGGCGGGUCACCUGUUCACGUGGGGGGCAAACGAGUAUGGCUGCCUUGGCCACGGCCCUCGCCAUGCACCCUCGUCAGCAGUCCCAGUGAGGGUGGCAGGCAGGUUGGCAGGGAAGCAGGUGCUGCAGUUGUCAUGUGGAUGGAAGCACACCGCUGCUCUUGCCAGUGGUGCUGAUGAGGGUGAAGGGCAAUCAUUGCGGGCGGCAACGGUUGGCAAGCUGUACACAUGGGGUUGGGGUGGUUCCCAAGGAUCGCAUGCAGUGGAAUCAAGGUCCACAGGAGGCCAACUGGGGCUUGGAAAUGAGUUCGAGUUCUUUGAACCCAUGCGGUUCUCCCGCGGCUCCAAAGACCGCGCGCAGACCACCCCCGCGUUCGAGUCGUUCAAGAACAACUACCUCCUCGUCUAUUGCCUCAUGAUGGCGGGCGAUUGGCUGCAGGGUCCGUACGUGUACGCGCUGUACCAGCACUACGGCUAUGACAAGGGUGAUAUCGGGCGCCUCUUCAUUGCCGGAUUCGGCUCCUCCAUGGUCUUCGGCACCAUUGUUGGGUCGCUCGCUGACAGACAUGGUCGCCGCCUGGCCUGCGUGCUCUACUGCAUCACAUACAUCCUGAGCUGUCUCACGAAGCACUUCCCGGCCUUCUCCAUCCUCGUGCUGGGUCGUGUGCUGGGAGGCAUCGCCACUUCGCUGCUCUUCUCCGCCUUUGAGUCCUGGCUCGUCGCUGAGCACUUUGCUCGGGGUUUUGAGCCGCCCUGGUUGUCAAUCACAUUCUCCAAAGCCAUCUUCCUGGGGAAUGGGCUCGUGGCAAUACUUUCAGGCCUUGUAGCCAACGUGUUGGUGACUGACCUCAACCUUGGCCCGGUGGCGCCCUUUGAUGCCGCAUCAGUGCUACUAGCAGGGGGCAUGGCGGUGAUAGUGGGCACGUGGAGUGAGAACUAUGGGGACUCUGAUCAGUCGCACGGGCUGCUGCUGCAGUUCCAACUCGCCUACCAUGCCAUCGCCUCAGAUGAGAAGAUUGCCAUUCUAGGAGCCAUCCAGUCACUCUUCGAGGCGAGCAUGUACACAUUCGUCUUCCUCUGGACGCCGGCGCUCGCCCCUUCACAGCAGGCCAUACCGCACGGCUUCAUCUUCUCCCUCUUCAUGCUCGCCUCCAUGCUGGGCUCGUCUCUUGCCUCGCGCCUCAUGGGCCGUGCGGGGCUCAAGGUGGAGGUCUACAUGCAGGCUGUCUUCGCCAUCUCCUCACUCUCGCUGCUGCUGCCCUGCAUCGUGAAUUGGGUCCUGGAGCCCCACCCUCCACCAGGGGGCGGCAUCACAGCGGGAGGCCGCGUGCAGCUGGCGGGGUUCUGUGUGUUUGAGGCGUGCGUGGGCGUGUUCUGGCCGUCGCUCAUGCGCAUGCGAGCACAGUACCUGCCUGAGGAGUCCCGAUCCACCAUCAUGAACUUCUUCCGCGUACCCCUCAACGUCUUCGUCUGCCUCGUGCUCUACCAUGUGCGAGCCUUCCCCAUGACAGCCAUGUUCCUCAUGUGCUCGCUCUUCCUCGCCAUCGCUGCUCUCCUGCAGCGCCGCCUGCUCCACCUCGCUCUCAGCGCCCUGCCGCAGGGUGAGUGCACACCGCUCAGCCCUCGCUCUCAUCCACACAUGCUCUCAUAUACACACGCAUAA